AGAAGGCCGUUUGCUUGCACAUGCGCAAUGUAUAUGAAAAAUAUGGCGGAAUCAAAACAAUUUAACUUCUUUUGACAAAAUCUACGUGAUUGUGUCAAUACAUAGAUUAUUAAAUGCGCGCAAAAAUGAAAGAGAUGGUAGGAGGUUGCUGCGUUUGUUCAGAUGAGCGGGGUUGGGCCGAGAAUCCGCUCGUCUAUUGCGAUGGACAUGGGUGCAAUGUUGCCGUCCAUCAAGCCUGUUAUGGAAUCAUUCAGGUACCAACAGGACCUUGGUUUUGUAGAAAGUGUGAAUCACAAGAGAGAGCUGCUCGUGUUAGAUGUGAGCUGUGUCCCUUAAAGGAUGGUGCUUUAAAAAGGACAGAUAGUGGAGGAUGGUGUCAUGUUGUAUGUGCUUUAUUUAUUCCGGAGGCCUGGUUUGCUAAUGUACAGACUAUGGAACCUAUAAUGCUAAAAAAUGUUCCUCCAGACAGAUUUAAUAGG